CCUAUCAAUAACUACUGGGCGGGGCCUAAUUCAAAAUGGCUGCUUAUUCCCUUCCUGUUAAAGGUACAGUCAAGAAAAGCGUCCUCAGGAACUAUAUACGUCAUGCUGACACUCACAACAGAGUACAGGAAGAGAGAGAAAUGUGGAGACUGCGUCAGUUGGAGCAGCAAACACAAUUACAAUCAUAUCAUUCCAAGCCGAGGCAUAUCCUAACAAGAGGUAGACUAUUGAGUGACUCACUAAGAGAGAGACCUGAUGACACUGAUGAAGAAGAAACCUCAUCAACUUACUGGACUAGGCAACUAAUGAAAGUGGAAGAGAAUGAUCCUGACCGUUGGGGUCACAGUGGCUAUAAGGAACUCUAUCCAGAGGAAUUCAUUUCAACUGAUGAGGAGAGAGGAGGGAAGAGAAAGAGAGAGAGAGAGACCAAGAGGAAGAGACCCUCUACUCGUGAACAAUCAAAACGGACGAGAGUCUCUGCUAGUACCAGCAGUGGGGGGAGCGAGAGUGAAAGAGAGUUUAAGAGACACAAGAGAAAGCAUAAGAAGAAGAGAAAUAAGAAAAGGGAUAAAUAGUUUUAUAUUAACACACUCACACACACUGGGCAGUUUUAUUGUAUUAUUUAUUGUUAAUGAUUUUUUAAUUGCA